CGAUUUUCACGAUCAAUCUGGUCGGGUCAUUUCACAGCCGUGCGGGCAUGGCGACUCAUAUGUGGAAAGCUGCACGGCAACCGCAAACGGCGAGAACAUUAAUUCAAGGUUUCCGAAACACUAGGUGCAUAUCUACCGACUCAAGAAACCGCCUGUCCAGGUUCUGGGCACCAACGGGCGGAAUAUCACCAUUGGACGGAGAGCAAGAUGAGUCACACUCUUUGCUCAUACGCAGUGGUUUUCUACGCCAGGCCCAUUCAGGCGUCUUUCACCUUCUACCACUAGGUCUACGCGUGCAAAACAAACUCGAGGCGCUUAUAGACAAGCACAUGGGCUCUAUAGGUGCUUCUAAACUCUCACUCUCCACCAUUACCACUGAAGAGUUAUGGAAACAAUCCGGCCGGUACUCUGCAAACUCUGAACUCCUGCGCAUCAAGGAUAGGAGAGAAUCUGGAUUUUUACUCUCACCCACUCACGAAGAAGAGAUCACAGCCCUUGUUGCCAGCAUGGUGUAUUCGUACAAGGAGCUGCCAUUGAGAUUAUACCAGAUAGGCCGCAAGUACCGCGAUGAACGACGGCCCAGGCAGGGAUUGUUACGGGCAAAGGAAUUCAUGAUGAAAGAUUUAUAUACCUUUGAUCACUCACCAGAAGCUGCUCUGAAGACUUAUGAAUCAGUCCGAGAGGCGUACAACAACCUCUUCAACGAACUCAAGCUUCCCUACCUUGUCGCGGAUGCCGACUCUGGCAACAUGGGUGGCAAGCUAAGCCAUGAGUAUCACUUUGUGUCACCAAAAGGCGAGGACAAUGUAUGGUCAUGUAACUCGUGUGCUUAUAUCGCAAACGAGGAGCUCGUGGAAAAGAAGGUCGAGACAGCACCAGACACCAGCGACGCGGUAGUCGUCACAGGCAUAAGCAUAGACAAAAAGACGGCAAUCAACAUCCACAUACCGCGACCGACUGAGCUAGGGACAAGCGAUGCAGUAUCAUGGGACAAGGUAUCUGAAUUCGUCAAUCUGCACGCCGUCAAGAAGGCAUUGCCUGCAGACCUCGACAUGGACACAGGCAUCGCAGCCUCAACCCUCUCGACUCUCCUUCCAAUGGCUACCAGUACCAUCGACCUUUAUGAUCAAUCUCUGUCCAGUAACGCUUCCUCUACAAACAUGGAUCUCACAAUCACCAAGCCCGGCGACUCGUGCCCCAACUGCGCAUCAGGCAAACUACACGUCCAAAAAGCCAUUGAAGUAGGCCACACCUUCCAUCUCGGCACCCGCUACAGCGAGCCUCUAAAAGCCGUCGUCGCUCUACCAGACCAAACCCAUCCCUCACCCAUACAAAUGGGCUGCCACGGCAUCGGCGUCUCGCGCAUCAUCGGCGCCGUAGCAUCGCUCCUAUCAGACGCACAAGGUCUCAACUGGCCGAGAGCCAUUGCACCAUACGAAGUCGUGGUACUUGGUUCAUCAAGAAUCGAAGAAAAGGAAAUCACAGAAGUCUACGACAUACUGCAUGGUGAGGCCAGAAACGAGCCCAUGGAUGUAGUGCUUGACGACCGCACGGGAAGGAACCUAGGCUGGAAACAAAGAGACGCACAUCUUAUCGGGUACCCUGUCGUUGUUGUACUAGGGAGAGGCUGGCAGGAAAAGAAGGAAGUAGAGGUGCAGUGUCGGAGGCUUGGAAUCAAGAAGGACAUUGGCCUGCAUCAACUGCGAAGCGAAGUCCAGGCCUUGCUCCACCAAUUGUAA